AAACUCCAAAUUGCAAUUGCACUUGCAAGCCAAGCUAAUGGCUUAAUAAACGUACCAAACUUGUUCUCCUGCGCCGUCUUCAUCCCCAUUUCUCCAUUUAUACAUAUUCAAUAUUCAAGAACCUCAACACAACAUUAACAGAUAAGCAUAAUUGUGAUUAAAACUGUGGUCCUUCACUGGAAUGAAUCCAUUGUUUGUCAAGAAGUUUGAGAGUGAGUUUUGUGGUUCUAUUUAAUGGGCUGUUGCUGUUCAAGUUUAAAGAAAACAGAAGCACCAGGUUAUGAGGAACCCACGGUUCUUGCAUCUGCGACACCUUGUGAGUAUCAUGAUCCAUCACUGAAUGUUACCGUUAGUGAAGUGGAGGCCUUGCGUGAACUGUACAAGAAGUUGAGCAAUUCAAUUGUUGAAGAUGGUCUUAUUCACCGGGAAGAAUUCCAGCUGGCACUGUUCAGGAAUAAAAACAAGAGAAAUCUGUUUGCAGAUAGGAUUUUUGACGUAUUUGAUCUCAAGCGCAAUGGAGUUAUUGAGUUCGGGGAAUUUGUCCGAUCAUUGGGUGUUUUUCACCCAAAUGCAGCUUUAGAAGAUAAGAUUAAUUUUGCUUUUAGGUUGUAUGAUCUAAGGCAGACAGGGUUUAUUGAACGAGAGGAGUUGAAAGAGAUGGUAUCGGCACUUCUGCACGAGUCGGAUCUCGAGCUUUCAGAUGAUAUGAUCGAAACCAUUGUGGAUAAGACUUUUAGUGAUGCUGAUACAAAUGGUGAUGGAAGGAUCGAUCAAGAUGAGUGGAAAGCAUUUGUGUCCAAACAUCCAUCCUUGAUAAAGAACAUGACUCUGCCAUAUCUGAAGGAUAUUACCUUGGCAUUUCCCAGUUUUGUUGUAAGUACAGAAAUUGAAGAGUCAGAGAUGUGACUUUAGGAGGUUUGGUUCUGCAAAAGCUCAGCCACCAAGUGCUAUUCUCUCUAGUAGCUAAAUAGUGAUAUUCUCUUGAAUUGUUAAUUCCAAUGCUAGGUUCGCUUGUACAUUAUUAUGUAUAUACGAGGGAUGUAAGUAGGGUAUCUUCUUGUGAGUUUGGAGGUAUCAGAAUUUUGCUAUGGUUGUUUUUAAUAACCACCGUAAAACAUGAUCACUAUAUGUCUGGCCAUCUUUCCCCUCUCCACUGUGCUUAUGGUGGAAGAUUAUUUUCAAUGUUUUCUCUUUGCAUACAAAGUUUUUAAUUCAAAAAAUUUUGUUUGAGUCAACAGAAAUGCUAUGUACUUCCUUUGAAUAUUUAACUUAAUUCAAUUAUAUAU